ACUGCCGGUUUCGUGCACCAGGGGGCAGUCGUGCUUCGCCGCGGACUCUUGUUGUUGUGAGCCGGCCCUUUUGUUUUGUUUCCGGCUUUUCCAGGACGCAAUCUCCACAGAAGGUUCUACCCCAAGGACUUGUCAGGAUGUGGACGUCUAUUCUACCCCUGGUUGUGAUCGUCGUGUCUGUGGGCAGUGCCAGCAUUGGUUGGUACCAACCUGAGCAGGUGCAUCUCUCAUACACAGGUCAUCCAGCAACUAUGACGGUGACGUGGACCACCUCCAGCUGGACCCCAUCUGUAGUGGAAUUCAGUCCUCUGCCCGGACCCCCUUCCUUCAACCUCACCGCAUCUGGCAGCACCAACCUCUUUGUAGAUGGAGGACCAAAACAGAGAAAGAUGUUUAUCCAUCGGGUUACUCUGGGGAACCUGAAUCCUGGUCAGAGAUACGUUUAUCACUGCGGCAGUUCUCUCGGCUGGAGCCCCCAGUUCUACUUCCGUGCGCUGCAGGUCGGCUCCUCCUGGGGGCCACGCUUGGCCGUGUAUGGAGAUAUGGGGAACGACAACGCCCAGUCCUUAUCACGGCUCCAGAAGGAAACACAAAUGGACCUGUAUGAUGCCAUACUCCAUGUUGGUGAUUUUGCUUAUGACAUGGAUGAGGAUGACGCUCAAGUAGGUGAUGAGUUUAUGCGUCAGAUCGAGUCGGUGGCAGCUUACGUUCCCUACAUGACGUGUCCUGGAAACCACGAAGAAGCCUAUAACUUCUCCAAUUACCGAAACCGAUUUUCCAUGCCGGGAAAUACAGAAGGCCUGUGGUACAGCUGGGACCUGGGACCUGCUCACAUCAUCUCCUUCUCCACCGAGGUGUAUUUCUAUCUGAAGUACGGCCUAGAGCUGGUGGCAGAGCAGUAUCAUUGGCUGCAGAAAGAUCUUCAGGAGGCCACCAGCCGGGCUCAACGUUCUGAGCGGCCAUGGAUCAUCACAAUGGCUCACCGUCCCAUGUACUGCACCAACUUCGACAAUGAUGAUUGUGUCAAACGUGACAGUACGACAAGAACUGGACUACCUGGAGGACAGUUUGCUCUGGAGGAUCUGUUCUAUAAAUAUGGUGUAGACUUGGAAAUCUGGGCACAUGAGCAUUCCUAUGAGAGGAUGUGGCCUGUAUACAACUGCACGGUUUAUAAUGGAUCCCUCCAGGCUCCUUAUACCAAUCCCACGGCUCCCGUCCACAUAACCACAGGCUCUGCGGGUUGCAAGGAGAGGCUGGAUCCGUUUUUUCCACUGCAUCGUGAAUGGAGCGCAGUAAGGAUCGAAGAUUACGGCUAUACACGUGUCCACAUAGCAAACAGGACUCACAUACACAUCCAGCAGGUGUCCGAUGACCGGGAUGGAGAGAUCGUGGAUGAGAUCUGGCUGAUUAAGAACAAGCGGUGAACACUCAAGUCUCUUUCUCUGGAUAAGAUUUAACCUGUUAAUUUUUGCACUGAUCUCCGGAGUGAUGUCCUCGGGGAGAUGCCUCCGAUUCUGCUGCUGCUGCUGACCUCUGAGCUUUAGACAUGUAUAAGUGAUAAUGCUGCACUGACCAAUCAAAGACACAAAGCCCGUAGGUUCAUGGAGAACGUAUAGAUGCUAAUGUACUGCUGUAUGUGGAGCUGCCUUACGACGUGUGCUGCUAUUUCUUCACCGUUUUCUAACCAGUAUUCACUAUGCAGAUAACGCCCCCUUGACACCCGAUCGGUCCCUUGAUAUUUAAAAGGGCAUCUGUCAGCAGUUUUGUACCUAUGACACCGGCUGACCUGUUACAUGUGCGCUUGGCAGCUGAAGACAUCUGUGUUGGUCCUAAGUUCAUAUGCGUCCAUAUUGCUGAG